AUGUUCGGCUUCAAGCAGCCCGACAAGACGACAGCCUACGAUGGCGGCUUCGAAUCGCAUGAAGUCGAGCCUGGUGUCGACGACAAUGUCAGGCAGGAAAUCGAUCCGGACAGCGGUGUGAAACGCGGACUGAAGAAUCGACAUUUGUCGAUGAUGGCGUUGGCCGGGAUUAUUGGACCUGGUCUUCUUGUGGGAUCUGGAGGCGCGUUGGAGAACGGCGGGCCAGCUUCUUUGCUCAUCGGAUUCGGUGUCAUUGGCAUCAUUGCAUUCAGCAUAAUGCAAUCCUUGGGCGAGGUCACAACGUUGUAUCCUGGAGGCGGCGCUUUCGUGUCGUUGGCCGAGAGAUUCGUUGACAAGGGAUUUGCUGUUGCUGUUGGAUGGAAUUAUUUUAUCAUUUGGGCAGCAGUCUUGUCCAACGAGUACAACGUCAUCACGAGCAUCUUUGUCUUCUGGAGCGACAAAGUGCCGCUUUGGGGCUACUUCCUAAUCUUCUGGUCCGCGUUCAUGGCCUUCCAACUCAUCGGCGUGGAAGCGUUCGGUGAGGCAGAGUUCUGGUUGGCCUUGAUCAAGUUGCUAGGCCUGACUGCUUACUUCAUAUUCGCCAUCAUCUACGCCUCCGGGGGCCUGAUCGGACAACAACACGCAAUUGGCUUCCAAUACUGGCACAACCCGGGACCGUGGAAUGGCAAUGGCUUCAGAGGUGUUGCUGCUGUGUUCGUGUUCUGCUCAACGUUCUAUGCUGGCGUUGAGUCUGUGGCGGUCGCAGCGACAGAGACCAGGAAUCCUGGAGUGGCAGUACCCCAAGCCAUUCGACAGGUCUUCUGGCGCAUCAUUUUCAUAUACAUGGGGUCAGCCUUCUUCUUUGGCCUCACAUGUCCUGCCAAUGCUCCUCAGCUCGUGGAUGGUGCGAGUCGUUCGCUGCAAAGUCCAAUGACAGUGGCCAUUCAGAACGCAGGCUGGGAGGGCGGCGUCCAUCUGAUCAACGCUUUCAUCUUCGUGACUUGCCUCAGCGCCGUCAACUCCUCUAUCUACAUUGGAUCUCGAACACUGCUCUACAUGGCCCACCGUGGUCUCGCACCCCGGUUCCUCAGCUGGACGAACGGCCGAGGAGUUCCAGUCUUUGCUCUUGUUCUGACCAACGCAGUCGGCGCCAUAUCAAUGAUGAACGUCAGCACCGGUGCUAGCAAAGCCUAUCAGUACAUCGUCAACCUCAGUGGUGUCUCUACGUUCCUGGUCUGGGGCUCGAUCUCGUUCAUCCACAUACGUUUCCGGUCAGCCUGGAAAGUCCAGGGACGCUCGCCUGACGAGUUGCCAUACAAGUCUUUGCUCUACCCUUGGAAUGCGUACUUCGGGCUUGGUGCCAAUCUUUUCCUCGCUCUUGUGCAGGGCUGGACGACACUGUCGCCAUUCAAAGCUGGCAAUUUUGUGGACGCAUACAUCUUACUCCCGUUGUUCCCAAUCAUCUGGAUCGUGUUCAAACUCUUCAAUCGGACCAAUUUCUGGAGAUCUUGGGAGGUUGAUUUGGACCAAGGGAGGAGAGUCGAUCUGGAUAGAGCGAAGGCAGAGACUGCACUGGCCACAGGGGCGAAGCAGAAAUGGUGGCAGAAAGUUACCAAAGCGUUUUUAUAA